AUGGCUCCGAAACAACCAAUUAACUCUGACAAGGGCAUCAAGUCCCCAUUGUUCUCCCAGGCGAUCGUCCACAACGGUACUGUUUACUGCUCUGGCAAUGUCGGAAUGGACCCAAAGACCAGCAAGAUGAUUGAAGGGUCUGUGGCCGACCGAACCAAGCAAAUCUUCGAAAACAUCAAGAAUGUCUUGGAGGAGGCUGGAAGCAGCCUGCAGAACAUUGUUAAGAUGAACAUCUAUCUUGUCGACAUGGGCGACUAUGCUGCCAUGAACAAAGUCUUCCUCGACACCAUUCCAGACCCAAAGCCAGCCAGAACGUGCGUUUGCGUCAAGGAACUCCCAGGCAAGACAGAUGUCGAGAUUGAAUGCAUCGCACAUCUGUGA